AUGGCUGAUGAAGCUGGUCGUAUACUUCUCAAGUGUUUGAGCAAAGGUGGGAGGAAACUUCGGAGGGAGAUGGUGGUGCACAUGAACAAGGAUGAUAUCCAAGAGGAACGCCCUGGGUUGGAUGAUGAAGCCAAACAAGCUUGGAUCAGGGAAGAGGCUGCCAAAUGCCAUCGGGUGGUCAUCCGACACAAAAAGGUGGGAGGUCGACCCAGCUCAGCAAGCACAAAAUCAGCGCAGGGUCUUUUGUUGAUCAAGCUGACACGCAACCUCCCUUGCUGUCGGGCUUGGAUGAUGAAGCUAUGCUAG